AUGGCUGAUUUUUUGUUUAGAACGCCUAAUAGUUACGUAGUUCUACCAGAACUGAAACCCUGUCCUGCAGGUGGAUUAUACUUUAGCUUUUUCACUGCAAGUUCAACAGGUUUGUUGCUGUAUACAGAAAAUAACAAAACUGGACAAUUUUUUGCACUCACUUUGCUACCGAAUAACAGAAUAAAAUUGGAGCUUGAAUUACGUACACCUCAGUAUCGUAUAACAAGAGCACAUACAACAAUAACUCUAGAUUAUUCAGAAAAGGGUAACACUGAUACUUAUUUUGGUCAGAUUGAUUCACGCAUGUCUCAUAAAUCAGGUAGCACUUUUUCAAGUCGUUGGAAUACUGUAGAAGUUACUUUUGAAUCACAAACAAACCAUACAAUUGAUGGCGUGAAAUUACAAACCAAUAAAUUUCACACUCAAGUGAAAAUUUUCCCACCAGUGGAUUUUUCUCCUUCAAAGUUUUAUUCAAUAUCGGAUUAUGUUUUACUAGGUCCUUAUAUGUUUAUGGGACAACUUCCAGAUGAUAUGCGUCUAGAUGCAACUGAACGUGCAUUAUUUAGUGCCGCGAUACAACCGAGUUUUCAAGGUAUCAUAAAAGAUAUUUUUUUAAUUCAGUGCACUACUUCAUAUCAUUCCAAAAAACUUAUAGAAACAAAUUCAUCAAGACAAUGUAUAUCAUAUGAACCAAUUCGUAUGGAAAAUGGUGCCAUCAAAAUAAACUCUUAUUCUAGUUCUAUAAAUGAAAUAUCACACGUUUGUUCAGCUCAAAAUGAUCUUCCAAAUAAAACUCAAGGAUUAAUAAAUGGCUCGAAUUAUUUUAAUGUGGUUCAACAACAAACACUUGUUAGACCAUGUGAAAAGGUCUCCUCCAAUGUUUUAAAUCUUAAUGGACAAAAUCAUGCAACAUUUCAUUUUAACACAGUUGGGGUAGAUGAAAAUAUACUUUUUGAGUUUCGAACACGGAAAGAAAAUCAGACAAUGUUUAGUUUCGAAUUAACUAGUAUUCUGAAACAACAUACAAAGAGGAAAGUCGAUUUCUAUGUAUUGGGUUAUUUGUUAGAUGGAGCAUUGGUUGUACAUUUGUUCAAUUAUUUACCAGUGAAACGUUCUUAUUUAAACAAUGCAGAUACUCGAAAAAUCAUUUCCUGUGUAUCCGAUUAUGACACAUGCGCAGACACACACUGGCAUCAAAUUUUAUUCAUGAAUAAGCAGAACGAUUUGUUUCUUGUACUUGACAGUCAACCUCCGGUUAAAUUAAAUUCACAUACUGAAGAUAGAUUAAUCACUGUGAAAAGUAUGCAGUUGGGAGGAAACUUGUUAAAUUCUUCCAAUGAAACAGUCACAAAAUUUCUUCCUAGCAUUGUAAAUCAAACAAAAUUCAGGGGUUGUUUUCAAUCGAUUACAUAUAAAAGUGGAGAAAUAUAUGUUCCACUACUAACUACAAAAGACACAAAAUAUGUUCACUCUGAACUCCCAGUUCAGUCCAAUUUACGUACCUGUGAUUAUAAGCUUCUACAACCAAAAUUUCAUACAGAUUUCACAAGGACAAACAGUUUUGUAUCAUUUACUAAACCAGGUAGCUAUUUAAGAAUUACAGGAUGGAAAGUUGUUCUUCAUGGUGAAAUAACAUUUACUUUACGCACAACUACUCUUAAUGGACUAAUCAUUUACAGUAAUUCUGUAGCUGAGCAUGAUUUAUUUCCAAGAAAUGUCAAUGGACCAAAUAUACUAGAAAAUAUAAAAGAAACCAAACAGACUGGUUUUGAUAUAUUCGCUCUUGAGCUACGGUUAGGAAGGUUACAUUUUUUAUUGAACACUGGAUCAGGUAUUGUUCAACCGGAAUUCGAUAGAAAUUACUUUGAAUCACAAAGUAUAGGUUUUAUUUCGGACGGAAAAGAACAUUCUAUUCAAAUUGUAUUUGAUGAAGGAGAUUUGACAAUUAAUGUUGAUGGUGAAAAUUUCGUAACACAUGGUACAGGCAUAAAAACCUAUAAAUACUUAAACUUGAAUGAUUACUUUUAUAUUGGAGGUCUUCCUGAAUCAAUGCGUCAAAUUAAUUCAUUUAUAUCGCCUGAAGUAUGGUCAGCUCAAUUAAGACAAGAUUUUGUUGGAUGUUUAGGUGAAUUCAAUGUAAAUAAGCGUUUAUGGGACAUAGAUUUAGAAAGGCGACCAUGUUGGUCUAAACCGUUUGUGGAAAAUGGAUGUAAAUUAUCUUCAUCAACUAAUUUUUGUACAGAAAAACCAUGCAGAAAUAAAGGUCAAUGCAUUUCUAGUUGGAAUAUUUUCGAAUGUGAUUGUAGUAAUACUAAUUUUAGUGGUAAAACAUGUACAGAAAAUCCCAUUAUUGUUAGCUUUGAUGGGUUCCAAUGGUUGUGGAUAAAAUUCAGUCCAUUACCUAUUCAAUCAUCCAUUGAAGAGUUGACCUUGAGGUUUAGAACUAAAUACGAGGAUGGAUUUCUGCUCACAACAAGAAGUUCCAUUUUAUCAGCACCAGAUUGUUUAGAAUUAAAAAUUAUUUCCGGCUACUUAUCGUUAAUUUAUAACCUGGGUGCAACUGACAAUGUGUACCAUAACCCCGUGUACAUAGCUGACGAUCAAUGGCAUACUGUAAAAAUUUACAGAAGACAAAGUGUUCUAAAUUUUUCAGUUGAUAAUCUGUUUCAAACUUUUGACAUUCCAAAAGAUGAUCGUUAUCUCUCACAUCAUCAUUUAAUUUUUGGUAAUUCCGAAGAUGCUCUAACAAAUCAACUAAUGGAUACACCAACACAAUUCCGUCAAAUCAAACAAAUAAAUAAUAUCAAUGUUCAUGUUUUUAUUGGUUACCUAAUGGUUUUUCUAUUCAACGGUGUUGAUUUUUUACGAACUGCUCAAAAUUUGAAACAUGAUCCUAGUUUAUAUAUUUGGAAAGAUAAACUAGACAUUAGAGCUUUUCAAAGUAAUCAUGAACCAAUUCUUGAGCUGCCAUUAACAUUCAGCCAUAAAGAUUCUGCUAUAGAAAUUCAACUUAAACAUGCUGCAGGUGAAUUUAUUCUGGGAAUGUGGAUUAAAUGGAAGAAAUCUGGCACAAUUCUGUUACUCCAAGAUGGCUUCCGUCAAAAUUUCAUUUUAGAAUUGAUUGACGGCAGACUACAAUUGAUACAUGUCAAUAAUGAUCAAGUUGAAAAACAUUUUAUAGGUGGAAAUCAAAGACUGGUUGUAAGGCGAUGGUAUCAUAUAGAGGUCACCAAACAUAGACUAAAUCAAUCAAUACUUAUUCGGGUCAAUAAUCAAUCUACAAUUAUCAAGAUGAAUAUUUCAAAUUAUUUCACACUGAAAACCAUAAAUAUUGGAAGUUUAUCUACAAGAAAGUCAAAUCACAAUACAUAUGGCAACUACAUGCAAAAAAUAUCAGGAUUUCAAGGUUGCGUAGCAUCGUUUUCAUUCAAUUAUUCAAUUGCUUAUGGUCAGUCAUCACUAAAUGAUAAAACACCACCGAAGUUCCAAGUGAACUAUCUUUAUUCAAAUGAUACACAAACAGUCAAUUGGCAUAAUGUGCAAAUGGGUUGCCACUUUUCCGACAGUGAACAACGAGAUCUGAGUCAGUGUUCAAAGAAUCCAUGUCGCUUCAAUGGGAUCUGCAUGCAACAGUGGAAUUCUGUUACAUGUGACUGCAGUUUAACCGGUUUUACCGGGAAGUUCUGUGAUAAAGCCGGACCAUCAGUUCGCCUUUCAGAAUUGCCUAGAAGAUAUUCUGUUUUUGAACUGUAUUCACCUCAGAAUACUACAUUAGAUAAACUGGCGUUUGGAAUACAAAUAAUCAACCCUGGUUCGAUGUCAUUGAUACAUAUUCAAGGACAAGGUCAGUCUUCAGACUUCAUACAAUUAUCUCUAUUACACAAUAAGGAUCAACUUAAUCUUCUUGUUCGAUAUAAUAUGGGUGGUGGAACUCAAACAUUGUUUCAACCCAAUGUGAAUUUUGAUGAUGGACAUUUUCAUGUCGUGCAAUUUAUACGACAAGAAGUGAAAAGCAUAUUGUUGAUUGACUUUCAGCAUGAAAUCAUAAAACCUACAGAAGAUCAAAACAAUAAGCAUUUCAAUUUGUUGAAACGAAUAUACCUUGGUGAAGCGCCAAAAAUAAAGGGAAUGCUGUCAGUUAAUAACAGUAAUGAAAUCGUGUCCAGAAACGGAUUUGAAGGAUUUAUUACCGGUUUAAAUUUCAACAAUAUAGACUUGAUUGAACUCUUGAAUGGAAAUAUGGUUCCCGGUAUAUACUUGAAAACUCGAGAGAAUAUUGAAUUCAAUCCUAAUUUUAAACCAAAUAUGAAGAAAUUACAUUCACAUAGUAAACGGACUGAACCGGAAACCACAAGUCAAAAUGAAGCUAACGACAUGCAACUUAUAGCGACAGAUUUUCAUGACAGAAGUAACGACUAUAAAUCCCAGUCAAUUAUCGUGCCGAAAACAGAUUGCCUAAAAUAUGACAAUAGUUAUAAUUAUAAAGAAUGCCAACCAGCUGAUUCCAGUGGUCUAAUUCUACCAUUAAUUACUUUCAGUGAUAAUCCUCUUACUAUGCGUGCUGCCGAUAAAAACGAACCGCAUCAAGGUUGGAACGCUGAUCAAAGUAAUAAUAACAGACAAUCUUCCACAAGUAAUAAUCAUCUUCUUCAAAGUUAUUCUAAAUUUGAUCAAUCAUCUGUACAUCAAGGUGAAAUUGAACCACUUAUAACCAAUUGGUUUAAUCUCAGUGGUAAACUGUCACAUAAACACAAAGAAAUAAUGCCAACACUGGAUAAAAUAUCUUUCGGGAACAAUAAUCCCACAUUUGAUAACAGUUUACAUAAAAAAUCAAAGAACUUCAUUAGUUCAUUUGUUGAACGAAACAAAAAGUUCCCAUUUAAUAUUGUACUGAUAAUUGCGGUUUCUAUCAGUGGUAUAUGUGUGUUAAUUAUUUUAACGUGUGUUAUAUAUCGAUGUAUGCGACGUGAUGAAGGAACCUACAAUGUCGAAGAGAGUACAGCAUAUACAGGCGAAACAGUACAAACUAACAGUAAUAUUGGUGGUAGAAAACAUGUUAUAAGUGAUUCAUCUAUACCUCUGAUUAGUUUACAACCAGAGCUAAUCAAAUCCGUUACAUUUUUAAAAGCUACUGACAUCGAUGAUAGAUCUCUGAAGAAAAUCAGUUUGGAUAACAUAAUAAGUGAAUCUAAUUUACCAGUUGAUAAAGUCAUCCAAAAUAAUCCUGAUAUCAUUUUGAUGGAUAAAAAUGUCACAAAUAUCAAUCUCAGUACUAAUGAUGAAAACAGUAACAAUAUCCCAAACACUUAUUUUAUUGAUGAUGGUAAUAGUAGCAAGCAAAGUCGAAAAACUUACAUAAAAGUUGAGAAAACAAAAUCAACAAUAAAUCCCAAAGAAUGGUACGUCUGAAACUGUGAUUUUUAACUUUAACUAUGGUUGAGUUAGUUUGUUAUUUUUAAUGCAAAAUAUUCUAUUUCACUGUUCCACCUAACCACUUUAUUUAAUAAACUUCUUUCAACCAGAUCUGAUCAUGGAUCAACAUUGAAUAUGUUAUCCAAUAUUCAUUCUUCUGCUGUUAUCUAUCAUGUAUAGUUUUAUUUUUUAAAAAUCAAAAGUACUAAUCACUUACCGUUGCUAUCAUUAUGCUAAUAAUAUCGGUGUAGAUAGUUGUGCAAAUAAUUACUUAUCUAAACAAAAUGAAGAAUGACACAUGAACUUCGCAUCUUUCAUGACUUCAAAAUAAAUAAAAAAAACAUUAUUUUUUACUGUUGUUUGCCAACCUUUCAAUUUAACUUCGUGAUUUUUUAUCUCAAUGUACAGGAAAAGGCAAGUGUGAUCUAUGCAGAUUGUUUGUAUUUUUGUGUUUUACAAGAUUUACUUCUUUUCUAGUAAAUAGAAGAGAAAUCAAAGAACACAAAUGUAAUUCUAUCCAAUAAUCUUGCAUAGAAUGUUUGAUCUUGCCUUUUUACAAAAAAAGAUCAUUUGAUUUUCAAUUUUCAAUCAUUUUAUAUUAGAAAUCUAUGAGAAGAAAGAUUUUCUGUUGUAGAUUACUGAUUGUUCAGUCCUCCUUUGUUUAAAUAAUAUGUAUUCAAUAAAAAGAAACUUUUCCAGUGUACUUUGUGUUUUUUC